AUGUCAAAUAGAGACUUUUGGGUCGAGUACCUCGAUUCUCCUACCUUAUCGGUCUUACCACAUGAUUUCUUAAAGCCAACCAGUGGCCAAUCUGUGGAGGCUUCUCAUGAACUCAAUGUCACUUCUGGUGAUGAUUUUUGUUCUGGAUUAGCAGUUUUCGCUGCCUUGGUCUUCAGAUUAACCGGUGACGACGAUAUCGUCAUUGCUACUGACACUACCGACCACAAAGAAUUCAUUGUGCGGGUGAAUGUUGCCCCAGAAAUGACCUUCACUCAAUUGCUUGAUGCGGUUAAGAAGGAAUAUUCCACCAAUGCUGAAAAAUUGGAUUCCUUGGAUGCCAUCGCUGAAGCCAUCCAGACCAAGAAGAAGUUGGAUGAUAGACCAGGUUUGUUCAAAUUAUCAUACCAACAUGCACGUGAGCUCCAACAACUUUCCACAAGUGUAGAAGGUUCUAUCAGAGACUUGGCGGUCUUUGCCGGCCCAGAGACUCUCUCUAUCCACUACAAUGCCUUGUUAUAUAAGAAGGAAAGAAUAGAGGUGUUUGGCGAGCAAUUCAGUCAAUUCUCUGACGCCGUCAGAGCAAACUCCACCGAAACAAUCACCAAAAUCUCACUCAUCACCCCAGCACAAUUAUCUCACUUGCCAGAUCCAACCCUUGACUUGGAUUGGUCAGGAUACCGUGGGGCCAUCCAAGAUAUUUUCAUGAAGAAUGCUCUUGCCCAGCCAGAUGCCACUUGUGUGGUGGAGACCAAAUCUUUCCUUGAUCCAUUGUCCAAGACUAGAACUUUCAACUACCAACAAAUCAACCGUGCUUCCAACGUGGUGGGUAACUACUUGAAGGAAACCGGCGUUCAAAAGGGUGAUGUAGUCAUGAUCUACGCCCAUAGAGGUGUUGACUUGAUGGUAGCAGUCAUGGGUGUCUUGAAGGCUGGUGCUACAUUCUCGGUCAUCGAUCCAGCAUACCCUCCUACCAGACAAAACAUUUACCUCGGUGUUGCCAAGCCACGUGGUUUGAUUGUUUUGGAAAAAGCCGGCGAAUUGGACCAAUUGGUUGAAGACUUUGUCAAGGAUGAACUUGAAGUGGUGAGUUCAUUGAGAGGAUUGAAGUUGAAUGAUGAAGGUGUCAUCGAAGGUGCUAAGAAGUCAUUGGAAACUUACUUGACCUACCAAGAUACUCCAACUGGCGUCAAGGUUGGUCCAGACUGUAACCCAACCCUUUCUUUCACCUCCGGUUCCGAAGGUAUUCCAAAGGGUGUCUUAGGUCGUCACUACUCUCUUGCGUACUACUUCCCAUGGAUGGCCAAGCAAUUCAACCUCUCAUCCAAGGAUAAGUUCACUAUGUUGUCUGGUAUUGCCCAUGAUCCUAUUCAAAGAGAUAUGUUCACUCCACUUUUCCUUGGUGCUCAGCUCUUGAUCCCAACCCUGGACGACAUUGGAACUCCAGGUAAGCUCGCUGACUGGAUGAGUGAAUACGGUGCCACAGUCACCCACUUGACCCCUGCUAUGGGUCAAUUAUUGAGUGCACAAGCUACUACACCUAUCCCAACUCUUCACCAUGCAUUCUUUGUUGGUGAUAUUCUUACCAAGAGAGAUUGUUUGAGAUUGCAAUCUUUGGCUCAAAAUGUAUACAUUGUCAACAUGUAUGGUACUACUGAAACUCAACGUUCGGUAUCUUAUUUCGAGAUCACCAGUACCGCUGACGACCCAGUGUACCUUAAGAACUUGAAGGAUGUCAUGCCUGCUGGAAGAGGUAUGCACAAUGUUCAACUUCUUGUUGUGAACCGUCAAGACCGUACCCAAACUUGUGGGGUUGGUGAAGUUGGUGAGAUCUAUGUCAGAGCUGCAGGCUUGGCUGAAGGAUACCGUGGAUUGCCAGAUUUGAACAAGGAAAAGUUUGUAACGAAUUGGUUUGUAACUGAACCAUGGAAAAACACCUACGAAGGUGAGGACUGGUUGGGUCCAAGAGAUAGACUCUACCGUACCGGAGAUCUCGGAAGAUACCUCCCAGAUGGUAAUGUUGAAUGUUGCGGACGUGCCGACGAUCAAGUUAAAAUCAGAGGGUUCAGAAUCGAGUUAGGAGAAAUCGACACUCAUUUGUCUCAACACCCACAAGUGAGAGAAAACGUCACUCUUGUCAGAAGAGAUAAGAACGAAGAACCAACUCUUAUUUCAUACAUUGUUCCAAAGCAACAGGUUAAGUAUGGGGGAGAUGACCCUAUCGUUGAAGGACUUGUUGAAUUUGGUGACUUGGUCAAGGACAUUAAGGCUCACUUACGUAAGAGAUUGGCUUCUUAUGCCGUGCCUACAAUCAUUGUUCCACUUUCCAAGCUCCCAUUGAACCCUAACGGUAAGAUCGACAAACCUAAAUUGCCAUUCCCAGAUACGGCUCAACUUGAAGAAGUCGCCAGACGUAGUGGGUCCAACACCGAAGUUGAAUUAUUGAGUAAGGUUGAGCAACAAAUCAAGGACCUUUGGUUAGAAGUGUUACCAACCAGACCUGUUUCCAUCGCUAAGGGAGACUCUUUCUUUGACUUGGGUGGUCAUUCCAUUCUUGCAACUAGAAUGAUUUUCGAAUUAAGAAAGAAAAUGUUAGUCGAAGUUGCAUUGGGAACUAUUUUCAAGAACCCAACCCUUGGUGGCUUUGCCAAGGAAGUCGAAGGCGUCUUGAAGGGAGAAUACCUGUUUGGAGGUGAUGCUGAAGAAGAAGAAGAAGGAAAGAAGGUAACUGUUGACUACGCCAAGGAUGCAGAAGAUCUUAUCCAAACCUUACCAUCUAGCUACAAGGGAAGAGAACUCGCUUUCAAUAAGGAUGUCACAACCAAUGUAUUCUUGACUGGUGCCACCGGUUUCCUUGGUUCCUUCCUUGUACGUGAUCUUUUGAACAGACCAUCUACCAAGGUAUACUGUCAUGUUAGAGCUUCUUCCAAGGAAGCUGGUUUACAAAGACUCAGACAAACCGGUCAAACAUAUGGAAUUUGGAACGAAGAAUGGACCAAGAACAUUGAAGUGGUCCUUGGUGACUUGUCUAAGCCUCAAUUUGGCUUGGAAGCAAGUGAAUGGUCAGAUUUGACCAGCACCAUCGACGUCAUCGUCCAUAACGGUGCUUUUGUUCACUGGGUAUACCCAUACUCCCAACUUCGUGACGCCAAUGUAAUUGGUACCAUGAAUGUGAUGUCAUUAUGUGAAACUGGAAAGUCCAAGCACUUUUCUUUUGUUUCCUCCACAUCUGCUCUUGAUACCGAUCAUUUCGUUCGUCUUUCCGAUGAAUUGACUGCCCAAGGACUUGCUGGUGUACCUGAACUGGACGAUUUGUCUGGCUCAGCCAAGGGACUUGGUACUGGUUAUGGUCAAUCCAAGUGGGCCGCUGAACAUAUCAUCCGUGCUGCUGGUACUCGUGGAUUAUCUGGAUGUAUUAUCAGACCAGGUUACGUUUCUGGAUUCUCAGCCACUGGUGCUUCCAACACCGAUGAUUUCUUAUUAAGAAUGCUUAAGGGAUGUACUGAAUUGGGUGCUUACCCAGAUAUCGACAACACUGUGAAUAUGGGUCCAGUCGACCAUGUUGCAAGAGUUGUUGUUGCAUGUGCCUUACAACCACCACAAGAACAAUUCUCAGUGGCACAAGUUACCGGCCACCCAAGAAUGAGAUUCAAUGACUUUUUAGGAACUCUCAAGACUUAUGGAUAUGAAGUUGCCAAGAAAGAUUAUCCUACCUGGAGAUCUGCUUUGGAGAAGUACGUGGUUGACACCAGUGACUCCGCCUUGUUCCCAUUGCUUCACUUUGUGUUGGAUAACUUGCCACAAGACACCAAGGCUCCUGAAUUGGACGAUACCAACGCUGUUCGUUCUUUGAAGGCAGACGCCAAACUCACUGGAGAAGAUGUCUCCCUGGGUAAAGGUAUCAAUGAAGAACAAAUGGGUAUCUACUUGAGCUACUUGGUUCAAAUUGGGUUUUUACCAAAACCUACUGGUGAAGGUAAGAAGUUGCCAGAUGUUGAGGUUUCUGAAGAAACUCUUAAAUUGGUAACUUCAGGUGCUGGUGGAAGAGGAUCAGCUGCAAAGUAA